AUGAUUAUUCCCAAGGUUUUAGGCCUUUCGGUCACCGUUUUUGUUGACAAAGACCCCGCUACCGAAUACACUUGUCUUCACCGGACAUCGAGAACUGCCGGUUCUGAACCAUGCAAGGGCAUUCCCACCGAACAAUGCUAUAUCGAGUCCAAGGCAGUCAGCACCUACUUCAUCCAAUACAGAAUAUCACCGACCUUUAAGCUUCCUGAAAACGCAAACCACUUAGCCUUUGACCUUUACGUUGAUGGAAAAUUCUUUGUUGGUAAAUCUGUGCACAGGGAUAGUUUGAAGGGCACGAACGACUAUAUCGGUAGUAUUUCCUAUCGUCUCACUACGGCAGAAAACGGUACAUCUUACUCCGAACGUCUGACCUUCCAGAACUUAUCAUCCAACGAGAAAGCUGAUUGCAAGACAACCGACCGCGACAUCAAGCGUUUACCUUUCGUGGGGGAGAUCCGGGUAGCGGUAUCGUUCGCGAAACAAACAGAGUCCAAGACAGGCCAUGAAAAUAGAAGGGUUAACGCAAACGAACCUUCACUCGUCUUCUCCCAAAAAGCUCGUGUCCGCAGCGAUCCUGCUGUCCGUCAUGGGACUCGCUGCAAGCGUAUCAGAAACGCCAGAACUCCCAAGGUGCGCAAUAUUAAACUCACGCCUCAAUGCUGCGCUGGAGACUAUCACUUCUACUAUCGACCUUAUGUAUGCCGUUAUGCAUAUGUCACCAAGGAGGUUGAAUCGCAUUUAAAGAAGCACCAUAAGAGCAUCAAAGCAGCAGUCAGAAGAGAGAUUACCCAGCAAGUCAGGGAUUUGCCCGGCAUGAUUGAUGACAGAAGAGGGUUGUUAACGUGGCCAACGCCACCGCCGACGACCGACCCGAUCCCAUAUAUCCACCCGCCGGUCCCCGAUAACUUAGGUUGUGGCGAGGAAGGGUGUUGGACCGUAGUUGGCACCCCGCGAGGCAUGCAGGAGCAUUACCGUAAGGAACACGGUUGGAGUAACCCGCGCGGGAGAGGCGGAAGUCAGCAAACGCGGAGGAUACAGGCCCAGCUGGUCCCAUGGCGCACCGGCGUCCAAAGCCAGCGGCUUUUCAGCAACGGGCCGGCCAGUAGUUGGUUCGAGGUCGGGUUUGGGGCGCCGGCCACCCAGACGGCCGGUGAGGCCGCCAUGAUGGAGCGGACGGUGCGUGCCAUGGAGCAGAAGCAAGAGCAGUUCGAGCGAGAGGAUAGAGAGUGCAUCAAAGCCGCCGACGCAAAGACAGAUGCGAACGCGUGGUUAGAGCGUGUAGGAUGGGCCGACCAUUUGCAGGGUUUAGAUCCGGAAGCCAUGAGACAGUUGACAGACCCGGUCGGCGAAGAAGAGCAUGUUUUACAGUUGAUCCAGGACAGUAUCAUGCGGGUCAUGUUGCAGGCACGGAUUACAGCCACGCCCAGCACGGUCGGCAGCCAGGCAUUAUUCGAAGUACAACGGAAGGAGGUAGACAAGAAGCCGCGGCGGCCAUUCGACAACCGAGUCGAAGAAGACACGUGGGCACGGUACACAGCAGUUUGGGUCAAGUUGAUAUGUUAUGUAUACCGUGCCGAGACCAUGGAGGACAACGAGAGGCCCGGGUUCCGAUUAACGAAACGACAGGGGGAUACGAUGGACGAGUUGACGGAGUUAAUAGAGGAGUAUGUUGAAGACCCCGAAGCCAAUCCAUUAGAUGAGGAGCGCGUGGACGAGUUGACGCUGCAGGUCGUUAUGGCAUUGUUGGAUCACAGGUUAACGGCAGGUGAAUACCGCAGUGGUAUUAUCAGUGGGUUGGCCGUGCUGGGCAUCCGCAAAGACGGUGGAUGGAUGGAUGUGAUGGAUUACACGCCCAUGUAUUCAGCCGUGAUCAAAGUAGCGCGGGCCAUGGUCGUGUAUCAGUCGUAUCGGGAGAGGAAGGAAGAGGUGGCCCGAUUACAGCAGGAGAAGGGUUUAGGUGAGGAAGAGGCCGAGGAGGAGGCGACCAGCAUGGUCCGGAUCGUGCGUGAGAAGGUGCAGAGGUUCAUGACGGUGACAUCGAAGGAGACAUACGCCGAGCCGACGCCGAUGGAUUGGAUAUACGAGGCACGCACGUACGGCAUGUAUAUUCGGUUCAACACGCCAGCAGGCGGAACCGUGGAUUGGGAUGGCGACCAUAUCACGUAUAGAAAGACACGGUUCCGGAUGGCCGCGUUGACCGAGAUGUUGCAUGCAUUGACGAGGGAGGCGAGGGAGCAUUUAGCGACGUUGACGAUGGUGGAAGACGUGGACCAGUUACCGCGAAUCCCGUGGAAGGAGGUGGAGGACGAUCACAGUGAGGACCGGAUGGGGUAUUCAUUUUUGACCGAUGAACGGAACCGCGAGUGGGUAAAGAGAGGUAAGAAUUGGGUGAUGAACCAGAUCACCGAUACACAACCGGACGGGCAGGGCCAGGCACGACGCAAGGUGUGGAUCGACAACGGCAGAAGGGACGGAAAGCCAUUCCAGGCCCGGGCGGUACAGUCAUAUGGCCAGACAUUCAACGGGUUCAUGGAACGAAUGUUCAUGUUGAUGUACAUGAUGAGCCAGCCAGCACGGAUACCCGAGAUGUCGGGCAUCCGGCACCAGAACACCAUGAAUGGAGGGGUCAGGAACAUAUUGGCGCACAACGGCAUGAUGUGCGUGGUCACGUUAUAUCACAAGGGAUUCCGGUUGACGGGUCAGGCCAAGGUGAUUCACCGGUAUUUACCGCAUGCCGUGGGAGAGUUAUUGGUGUGGUAUUUAUGGUUGGUUUUGCCAUUUUGGCAGCAGGUUCAGGGUAUCGUCAAAGAUGCCGGUAUCCGCAGCCCGUUCAUGUGGCCGGAUGAAGUGGUACGCAAGGCAGAAGGCAGUAUCGUAGAGGAGAGGGAGGCAAGACGAGCGGCAUUGGAGAGGCACAGUCAGAAUGGCGGCGGCAUGCAUGAAGAAGACGAUGAUAACAGCGGAGGUAGUACAGAGAACCCGCAUGACCCCGAUAACCCCGCGAACGCCGAUGAUAUUGGGUUCCAGAGCUGGGUGCAGGAGCGGAAGUGGACAUCAGACCGGGUCCGUCGAAUCAUCCAACGGCACAGCAGGCGAUUAUUAGGCGUGACGUUAGGUAUCAGUUCAUGGAGGCAGAUUGCGAUCGCCAUAGCCCGUCGGUAUUUGAACGGUGCAUUUAAAGAGUCGACAUUGGAUGGGGAGGAUGAAGAUGACGAUUUGGAUGACAACCCGGUGGAUUUGCAAGCCGGGCACGGAACGCACGUGGCGGGCAUGGUAUACGCACGCGAGUUGCAGCAGGGAUUGUUCAGCACGGCAUCGAUGCGGGACAAGUUCCGAGCCGUCAGCAGGCAGUGGCACCGUUUGUUCGAGUUCCAGGACAGCGAGGAGAGUGGGGCGUCGGCCGCAACCCGGCGAAAACGAGCCCCGUAUGACACGGAGCGUGAGUAUAAUCGGAUGCAGCGGUUCAGACGAUUGCAGCAGGUCGAUAUUGCCGGUCAGUUACGGCAGAUGAUGGGGCCGUCGGCGGCGUUCCGUGGUCAGCAGGAGACGGUGAUCCGGGCGAUCAUACGGGGCGAGAGUCCGAUUAUCCAGAUCGCAGGCACAGGUGAGGGCAAGAGUAUGUCGUUUUUAUUACCAGCAUAUUGUGCCAACGACAACGGCGGGACGGCAAUCGUGAUCGUGCCGUUGAUUUCAUUACGGGAUGAUUUACACGGUCGUUGUGAUAAGAGCAAAAUCGGGACAUAUAGUUGGAAGAGCCGCGAGGGACACCAGAUUGCCCCAAUUAUAUUCGUGACGCCCGAGUCAGCGGUGACGAAGGAGUUUGGCGAUUUCGUAAACCGAUUACAAGCACGGUUGGAUGAGUGCCACACAAUGUUGGACAGCACCGCCCGAUUUCGACCGCAGAUGAUGGAGUUGGGUCAGGUUUUGAACGAAUGGGGUGUGCAAAAGGUUUUUUUAACGGCCACAUUACCGCCCGGCGAGGUAGAGAGGUUUUGCGAGGUCGUCAAGUUGCCGGCAAGCCGUGUGAAGAUAUUCCGAUCGCCAACAUCGCGGCCGAAUAUUCGGUAUAGGGUAGUCGAAGCGCAGGCGACACCGCCACAGCCGAAACGACGUCAACAGCAGGGGGGAGGGGGGUAUAAAAAUCAGGAAGUCGGGCCGGAAGAGGAUGCAGAAGACAGGCAGGUUGUCAAGACGGUACGAGAUUGGUUAUAUCAACACAGUAACGGCCGAGUUAUCGUAUAUGCAAGCACGAUCGAACGGGUUGAGCGGUUGGGGGAAAGGUUGGAGUGCGAUGUAUAUCAUUCAAAAGUAGAUACAGCAGUCGGUAAGGAGCAACGAUUACGAAUGUGGAUCGAAGGUGGGCAUUUAAUUGUGGCGACAAAUGCGUUGGGGUUAGGCAUAGACGUGCCAGACGUUCGGUUGGUCAUACACGCCGGCAUGCCGAGUCGAUUACGGGAUUACGUGCAAGAGAGCGGACGGGCGGGAAGAGACGGUGAGCCGAGUGAAGCAAUUGUCGUGGUCGAGCGAGCACGGGCGACGAUAAGCAGCAGUUGGCCGCCGAAAGAGGCGGCGGUAGAGAGGUUUAUCAGCGGAAAGUGGUGUCGCCGUGUGGUAUUGGAUCAGAUGAUGGAUGGUCGAUUGGAUCGCGCGGGUUGCGACGACAAGGUGGAAGAGAUAUGCGAUAUAUGCCGGCGACAGAGAGAUCAGUUGAUGUUUGAAGCGGAUAUAUCGUGGGUUGAGAACGAGGACACAGGUAGUGGGAAAGGCAUGGAAAUGGCAGAUCAAUAUGGAGGACAGGUAACAGAAGGAGAGAUCCAGGCACGAUUUGAGCAGGCCGGGCGGAGCAUACGAUACGAGCAAUUCAAGGCGAGGCAAGACGAGAUACGCAUCCAUCAGGAGGUGGAGACAUUCGAGCAAGAGUUGGGACAUAUGGUCGGCCGGUGCAUAGGUUGUUUCAUGGCAACAGGCGUUAUAGAGGAAGAUCAAUUACACAGGAGAGAUGAGUGCCCGUUAUGGGACAAGAGAUGGUGGGAUGACAUGGCGCGAGCGGAAGAGAAGUGGCAGAAAAGCAUGUUUACAAAAGGGGUCAUGGCGGAUCAUUCCGGUUGUUUUUGGUGUGGCAUGCCGCAAGCGAUUUGCACACAUUGGGAGCCGUUGGACAACGAUCAAGGAAGAUUCAAGUUAAAGAAGGAUGGGCAUGCGUUUUUUGGGUUUAGGGCCGAAGACCGCGUAGAGCGCAGUGGCGGGAUGGGAUUGAAGCGAGGUCAGAUAGAGUUUGAAAUAGAGCGAGAAGAGAUACGGAGGCGGCGGUUCGAGCGAUUGCAUAGGGCCGAUAUGAGAGGGCAGUUAAAGCAGAUGAUGGGCGAGUCAGCCGAGUUUCGAGGGUUGCAGGAGGCCGUAAUCCGAACCGUGGUGCGCGGGGAUGGGCCGAUUGUGCAGAUAACGCCGACCGGAGGUGGCAAGAGUUUGACAUUCAUGUUGCCGGCGUUUUGCACGCCGGACGGCAUGACAAUUGUGGUGACGCCGUUAGUGGCAUUAGAGAACGACAUGGAGGAGCGGUGCAGAAAGAUGGGGAUUGACGGAUAUGUGUGGAAGAGCCGGGGAGUGCAACGGGGUGCAUCAUUGGUGUUCGUGACGCCGGAAUCGGCCGUGACGAAAGGGUUCCGAUCAUUCGUGGAGAGAAUGCAUGGGCAGGAAAAGUUAGACCGGGUCAUGGUGGAUGAGUGUCACACGGCAUUGGAGUGGACGAAAACAUUCCGGCCGCGGAUUGGGCAGUUGGGGUCAGCAUUACAGGAGUUCGGGUUACAGGUCAUUUGUUUAACGGCGACAUUGAAGAGGACAGAAGAGCGGUUGUUAUAUGCACAGUUAGGGUUUGAAGCCGAACGCGUGCGUUUAUUCCGAGAACGAACGACACGGCGGAAUAUUGAGUACCGGGUGGAGAUCAUUGAGGAUAGGGAGGGGGGAAGGAGUAGGCCGCCGCAGUGGUGGUCAGCGAUCGGCGCAGGAAGGGGCAAGACGAUGGAAGCAGAAUGGAUCAGCAGCAAAAGAACAACAAAGACGUGGACAGAAGUAAAUCACAAUGAGGGAAAAGUGGUUAUAUAUGGAGGCACAAUCGAGAGGGUGAAGAAGAUCGCAGCAUCAUUAGAUUGUGUUGGGUAUUGGAACAAGGCGGGAAGUGCGGAGGAUAAAGCAAGAUGGAUGGAGGAGUGGAGAACAAGUGUUGGGGGAAAGUCCGGUUGGAUCGUCGCGACAAACGCAUUGGGAUUAGGGGUUGAUGUGCCGGACGUCAGGUUAGUAGUUCAUGCGGGAAUGCCGCGCAGAUUACGAGAUUUUGUCCAGGAAAGCGGUCGAGGGGGGCGGGAUGGAAAGAGGAGCGAGUCCGUUGUCGUAGUGCAGAGUUCAUGGAUGAAAGAACAGCAGGAGAUUUGGACAAAGAGGAGAGAGGAGAGAGAUCGAGGCGGGGACAAUGGUGUCAGUGAGGAGGGUGCGGUCAGCAAGCAGGCGUAUGAGUGGGAGGAAGACGUUGUGGAGUUUGUAGAAGGCAAGGAGUGCCGGCGUGAGGUUUUAGACCGCGAGAUGGAUGGGUUUAUGGGACGGGUAGGGUGUGAAGUAGGUGAAGAAGAGCGUUGCGAUGUGUGUAGGGAGCGUGCAUUGCGGAUGGAAGCACAAGUAUCAAGGAGAGGUACAUCAUGGGUCAGCAUACAGAGUGAAGAGGAAGAGGAGUUGGCGAGGGCAGCAGCAGCAGUUGAGGCAGAUUAUGAGAGGAGCAAAAGGUCAAUUCAGUGGGCAGAGAUGGAGCAGGUAGCACGGGUAAUGAAGGAAGCAGAGGACGCGGCAGAUUUCGAGGCGGAGUUAGACGAUUGGAGCGGGCGUUGCAUUCUCAACAUGAACAACCAACGGCCUGUAUUUACUAUUGCUGAGGAUGCUACUGCUAUCCAAGCAAGAGCUCAGCAAGUAAACCCUUUUGUGCUUCAACCUUUGCAGCAAAAUACGAUUCAUACGCUUCAAAAUCGGCUUCCAAUUAACUACUCUCGUGAAGGCUAUAACCUGUAUCCUGUUCAGCAAUGGCGAGAUGCGCAUACUAAUGCAAAUGGCCCUCAAAAUCUUCGUCAGCUGUAUGCUCAAGACCCUUCAGCUCGCCAAUGGGUGGCUCAGAUAAGUCACAUUCCUCAAGGUCAACCGGCUCAAGCAACUGUACAGCCUUGGGGCUAUGAGGUAUCAGGAAAUUGGCAUCUCGGAUACAUGAAAAACAUGUAUCAAGGUCAACAGCAACGCCCGGCUGCUGCACAGUUACCGACGUGGUCAUACAACGGGCUGCAGCAAAUGGAUGCUAACUACUACAAUACCAAUUUUGCAGUCAGUGGCUAUCAAUGGCCUACAGCUACAAUUGGUAUGAAUCAUUUUGAGCCCCGGCUUCAAGGUAUACAGCAGUCAGGGCUUCAUAUUUCGAAUAUAUCUCGCAACGGCUAUGCGGAUUGGACUUGGCAAGGAAGAGGUGUUGCAGGUACGGUCCCGGUGACAAAUUGGCAGCCACGGCCGAAUCAAUCAAACUCUUGA